UACACAAUAGGGGGGACAUUUUGCGGCGUGUCAUCUCUAACUGUGACUACUAUAAGUGUGGACAGACUUCUCGCCAUGUUAUUAAGACUUCGAUAUCGACAAGUGGUUACGUUGAAACGAGUGCGGCUCGCCCUUCUUCUCUUUUGGCUUCUCAGCUCUGGUGUAGCGAUGACAAUGUUUCACGACUUGCGCCUCUGCACAACAUUGAUCAGCAUCAUACUAUCUGUGUGUCUAAUGAUCUCGACUGUGUGUUAUGUGAUAAUUUAUCGGACUCUCCGUCAACAUCAAAAUCAAGUGCAAGACAUCAGUUAUCAUCGAGAGCCUAACAAAUGGGACAAUCCGUCAAAUAUAGCACGAUACAAGAAAACAGUUUCCAGUGCUUUGUGGGUGCAGUUAGCACUCCUGGCUUGUUAUCUCCCAUAUGGUACGGUGGCAGCUGUAUUUGCCAUGACUAGAUGGAGAACGGCGAGUCUUGAUCUCGCUUUAGAUGCAACACUAACUCUACUAUUCUGCAACUCGGCAGUAAAUCCGUUUUUGUACUGCUGGAAGAACAAGGAAAUAAGAAACGCAGUGAAACAAAGAACCAGACAGUGCCUUUGUUAG